GCAUGCGCAGACUUCAACUUGGGUUUCCCUGGGUAACCGUCAACUACUAUGUUGCUACAGCAGCUUGGUCAGUGCUUUUCACUUCAUUCUUAAAUCGCAUACCUUUUAGCUGUAUUUUUUAUGAAACGUUGAGCAUCAGUACACCACUGAGUGUUUUUUCAGUAGCUCUAAUCCUAGACAGCAGUAAUGGCAGCACCAUGAGCGCGAUAACUAUUUACUUGCAACGAUGAGAUUAGCGAACGGUGGCUAAUGCUAAUGCUAGUAAACAGUAAAACCAGAGGAAGGCGGUCAAAGUUCCAAGGAUGACGAACCAAGAGGUCAGAACUCUGGCUUAUACAAAAAGCCCCAAAACAUCCAAAAGAACAACAUUUCAGGAUGAACUUGAGGCUGCCGUCUCAGCCAGAGUGAGCAGAACCAAACCUGACCCCUUCUCUUAUUCCGAUGACUUUGAUGAAGAAGAAGAUGAUUUCUUAAGCACAUUUCUCAAGUCAAGGAAGAAGAGAGCCGAUGCAUUUAGAUCUGGGAAAACAAGAGGCAAAAUCAAUACCUUUGACCUUUCAGAUGAUGAAGACAAACCUGAAAAGACGAAGAAAGUCUCAUUCCUGAAAACUCAGAAAGUCACCUUUACCAAAGAAGAGACUUCAGAUUCACAGGAAUAUGAGCCACCAGACUCAUCACACAUUGGUCAUAACAAUGAAGACAAAUUACAAAAAGCUUCUGAUAACAGCGAAUGUGACACACAAAGUAAAAACAGUGGUACUGAUCACAUUGGUCCACAAAUUCCAACAGAGAGCUCAAGUAAAUCCCAUUCAGUCUCCCCCUCAGACAGCACUCUGGAUUUACCUUUUGACAGCAGUGUGACCAAAGCCCCAGAUCAAGAGGAGAACACUGGUCAUCCAUCUGUGCCUGACCCCCACCAUGUGACACCAGCAGAAAGCAAAUAUGAGAGACAGCCCAGACCCAAACCAAGGCAAAGGUCUCUUGCAUUAAGCAAGCACACCACAGAGGAUUUUCUGGAGGACGCUGGACCUCCAGUCCUCAGCAGGUCCCAGACCUCCUCUGCUUCCAUUCACCUUUCCACUGAUGUGUCCAGCACCACAGCAGCAAGGAGCAGCAGUCCUCAUUGGACAGAAGAUGAUCAAACUGCUUCAAACAGCCUCGGCAGAUCGCCUUUGAGUAAGAGUGAGCAGUCGCUCACCAGGUCUACUAUAGAUUCUGCUUCUUCAGCUCACUUAAUCUCCGAAGACGGCAAUGAGCAGGAAAAUGUGGAAGAUCAUUCACUUCAUUCUGUUGAUCAACUGUCUCAAACUCAGGAAAAAUCAGCCGAUACCAAGGGCACUCAUCUAAAAACCACUCAGAGAUCUCAGAGUGCCUGCUCCAAAAGAGUGGAAUCAAGGUACCUGGGAACACUCCAAAUUCUAGAUCGUAAGGUUUCACUCCAGGAGUCUGAGCCACAAGGUGCAGAGUCUCUCAGAGCUGCAAUUUACCAGGAAUGGCUGAAAAAGAAAAAAGAGAAGUCAAAAGAGAAAAUGGAACUAAAGAAGAAGGAAGAACUCUUGCAAGAAAAAAAGAAAAAGGAUGCAGAAGCAAAAAAAGAAGAUGCUGUUGCGUCAUACGAGGCGUGGAAAGAAAAGAAAAUGGAGAAUCUCAAAGCAAAAGCUAAAGAAAAGCAAGACAUGGCCAGGAAAGAGCAGCAAGCCAGUGAAGAGAAAACAGAAAGAAGGCAGUCUGCCAAACAGAUGUUUGAAAAGUGGAAAAAGGAGACUGAUCACGUUCUCAAAGAAAAACACCAAAAACAGAAAGAUGCUGAAAAUAAACUGAGGCUUAAAAAGCAGCGAAAGGAGGAAGAAAGAAGAAGAGAGUGUGUGUCUGCUUUUACUCACUGGAGCGAAAAGAAAACAGAUAGUCUCAUUGAAAAGGCUUCAAAGGAGCGCAAAGAACUGAGAAAUAAGUCCGAGGAGGAACAGUACAUGAAAGAGGAUAGAGAGAAGAUGGCUUUUGACGUUUAUGAGAAUUGGCUGGCAAGAAAAGAACUAGAAUACAAGAGACAGAGGGAAGAGAGGAGGAUAAAAGCAAUUCUUGGAGACAGUCCACCACCACCAUGGAGCCCUCCAAACAAAACUGUAGGAUUUAGAAAAUAAUACUUCAAAUGUUCAGUAACUGUUCAUGCUAUGUUGCAACGUGAGCUAUGUUUAGCUCACGUUUCAUUUGUAUUGUAUUGUAUUGUUGUUGGGCAUAUAUUCGUCACCAGGUUAACUAACAGUUAUAGUUCAGGUUUACAGGUGUUUUUGUUGUUUUUUUACUGUACAGAAAGUAGGACACCAUACAGUAUAUGAUGACAUUCUUACAUUUAACUGUGUAUAUAUUUAUAUUUUAUAGCCCAAAAAAGUGUGCGUUGUUUGUUGAUGAACUUAUUUUCUUAAAAAUUACACAUUCUUCUCAGCAGAUUAAAAAACUUUUUUUUUCAAUUAUUAUUACAUAUCCUUACUCAUAGUCCAAAUCAUUGACUUAUUAUCACUUGUAACGAAACAAAACAAUUCAUAUACUUGAUGGGUUCAGCAAUGGGUUAUAAAAGAGAGAGUUACAUGUUGGUUAACAGUGUAAUGAACUUACAUUCAAUACUAAUAUCUGAGAGGAUUUAGCCUUUGACAUACCUCUAGGUCUAUUACUACUCUACAACUAGUGAGUAAACUAAAAUAUGAGUAAGAUUUACAUUAUUUUGAGGUUUUAUGGCGUAUUUGACAAUCGGGGAAUUAACUGUAUGUCAGCACAAAAUUGGCUUAGUCACGUUGCAACAUCUGAAAGAUUAAUCAGUGUUGUUAAAUACCAAUUCUACAAAGAGACUACAUUUUUAAAAAAUCCAAGUGUGCAAAAUCCACGUUUCGGCUCUACUCUCAAACCCAGGUAUGAAUUUUGUACAUAAUGUUUUACCAGCUGCAAAAAUAAUGUCUAGUAGGGGCUAAUGUCCGCUGCAAACCAAGCUAAUUGUAUUCCACUAUUUAAGCAUAGCCUUAAAAUAGUAAAACUAUCAUUCAAAGCGAUUAGGUCAUUCCGUAGUAUUAUCACUUCAGACCAAAGAAACACCAGCUCAAGCCUGCUUAGAUUCAAUAGUAAUGUGGAGGUCAGAUAUAUACACAUAUGAAUUUAAUAUUUAUUCGCCCUCGUUUAGA